AUGUCGUCGCCUGCCUUGAACAAGAUCGCCCCCAACAGCCCCUCGAGGCAGAACCCGUCCGAGAUCGAGACGAGCAUCGCCAAUGCUCUCUACGACCUCGAGACCAACAUCCCCGACUUGAAGACCUCUCUUCGCGCUCUUCAGUUCGUCUCCGCUCGCGAGAUCGAGGUCGGUCAUGGCAGGAAGGCCAUUGUCAUCUUCGUCCCUGUCCCUACUCUCCAGGGCUGGCACAAGACCCAGCAGCGUCUCACUCGUGAGCUCGAGAAGAAGUUCUCUGACCGCCACGUUUUGAUCAUCGCUUCCCGCCGCAUUCUCCCCCGUCCCAAGCGCUCCAACCGCUCCCGCACUUCCCAGACCCAGAAGCGUCCCCGCUCCCGAACUCUCACUGCCGUCCACGACGCUAUCCUCACCGACCUCGUCUACCCCGUCGAGAUCGUUGGCAAGCGCACCAGGACCCGUGAGGACGGAUCCAAGAUCCUCAAGGUCAUCCUCGACGAGAAGGAGCGCGGUGGUGUUGACUACAGGCUCGACACCUACUCUGAGGUGUACAAGCGCCUCACUGGCAAGGGUGUGAACUUCGAGUUCCCCCAGGCUGCUGCGGACUACUAGGCGGAAAACUUGGGCAUUCAUGGUUCAGGCGUACGGCUAGGGCAUAACUCAUGCAUCAUGU